GCUUUUUUUAGAGGGCCAUUUCCCUCAGCGCACGAAAACCCUAGAAACCAAGGCCCGAAACCUAUGAUGCGGUUUUCGUGAUUUCAGAGACCAGUAAUGAUGAAGAAGCCUAGGAUUUUAUUACUGAACUCGAUAUCUUCCAGUUCCUUAUCGGGGUUUAUGGGAGAAAGCCCCAAUCAAUGUCAGAUGAAUUGAGAGUUUUUAUGCUAAUCUCCACUGGAGAUUCUCCACCCAUUCAGGUUGCAGAAGCCCUAGACCAGCAAGGAGUGGAUACUAGGGCUUCAUUUGGAAGUCAUGUUUCAUGAUCUUAAAUUCAAGGUUUUGUAUGAUACAGAAGCGAUAGUGUUUGGUUCUGAAUUACAUCAUUUGUUGAGGUACUAGUGAGACGAAAUGGAUACUCCUAGGGCUUUUGUGAAUCCUCAUAGAUAUGGAGCUGGAAUUAUAUCAAAGAUAAGUUUGGAGAACUUCAUGUGUCACAGUAGUUUACAAAUUGAUUUGGGCGAGCAUGUUAAUUUUAUCACUGGACAAAAUGGAAGUGGUAAAAGUGCAAUAUUGACGGCAUUGUGCGUAGCAUUUGGUAUAAGAGCAAAGAAUACACAGAGGGCUUCUUCAGUGAAGGAGUUCAUAAAAACCGGUUGCAAUUAUGCUCUUGUGGUUGUGGAGAUGAAGAAUCAAGGAGAGGAUGCUUUCAAGCAUGAUACAUAUGGCAAUGUAAUAAGCAUAGAGCGCAGGAUAACAGUAUCAUCUAGCACCACUGUCUUGAAAGACUGUAGAGGAAAAAAGGUUGCUCAUAAAAAAGGGGAGCUACAUGAACUUGUGGAGCAUUUUAAUAUUGAUGUGGAGAAUCCUUGUGUUAUUAUGAGCCAGGAUAAAAGCAGAGAGUUUUUGCAUUCUGGGAAUGAUAAGGACAAAUUUAAGUUCUUUUUCAGGGCUACUCUACUUCAACAAGUAAAUGAGUUACUACAAAACAUCAAAGGUCAGCUGGACGCUGCAAAUGCAAUGAUAGAUGAGUUGGAGUCUUCUAUUAGACCCAUAUUGAAAGAAAUUGAUGAGUUGAAAGAGAAGAUAAAGAGUAUGGAGCAUGUUGAGGAAAUAUCCCAGCAAGUAAAUAUUUUGAAGAAACAAUUAGCCUGGUGUUGGGUAUAUGAUGUGGAUCACCAGAUUCAGGAGGAGGGUGUGAGGCUUGAAAAGCUCAAAGAUCGUAUUCCUACUUGCCAAGCAAGAAUUGAUCGACAAAAGGAAAAAAUUGAUGAACUUAAGGGUCUUUUUCUUGAAAGAAAAGGUGAUAUUUCCAAUAUGAUGGAGAAGACAUCAGAAGUGAGAAGGUUACAGGGGGAACGGCAGCAGAAUCUUUCUAAGGCUACAAAAGAGAAAUUUGAGCUAGAGGAGGAGAUGGCACGGAGAACAAAUAUGAUUCGGAAGUUGUUAGAUAGUGUUAAACGGAUAGAACAACAGAUUCUUGAUGUUCGAGACAAACAUGUUAGGGAUACUCAGGCUGAAAAAAGCGAGAUGCAGGAACAAUUAGCCAAACUUCAUGAAGAGUUUGAUAUCGCUACUUCCAGACUUCAAGGGUUUAAGGAGGAAGAGGACAUGCUAGAUGAAAAACUAAGAGAUGCAACUAGUGCUGUCGAGGAAAUUAGUGCAGAGAUUCAAGAAUAUCAGACCAAGUACAGGGAAAUCAAUGCUCACAUCCGUGAUCUUCAACGACAAAAAACCAACAAGGUGACUGCUUUUGGAGGUGAGAGAGUGCUUCAUCUUUUGCGAGUUAUUGAGAUGCACUAUAGAAAAUUCAAAAAGCCUCCUAUUGGUCCGAUUGGUGCUCAUGUGUCACUAAAAAAGGAUGACAGCUGGGCGCUGGCAAUUGAACAUGCCAUUGGAAAGUUAUUAAAUUCGUUCGUUGUAACGGAUCAUAAGGAUUCUCUUCUUCUUCGAGAAUGCGCUAGAGAGGCGAAUUACCCAAAUCUUCAUAUAUUUAUCUAUGACUUUGACCGGCCUUUGUUGAAUAUUCCAAGUCACAUGCUUCCCAAUACCAAACACCCGACGACCAUUUCUGCGAUUCAUACUGAUAUUGCUACUAUAUUCAAUGUCUUGAUUGACCAGGGAAGUGCAGAGAGGCAAGUGCUUGUAAGAGACUAUGAAACUGGGAAAUCUGUUGCAUUUGACCAGAGGGUGGCAAAUAUCAAGGAGGUGUUGACAUCAGAGGGGCAUAGAAUGUUCUAUCGAGGUUCUGUGCAGACCACUCUCCCUCCAAACAAGAGGUUAAGAUCUGGUCGUCUAUGCAGCUCUGUUGAUCAUCAAAUUAAAUGGUUUGAGAAUGAAGCUUCAAAAAUGCGGGACUUCAUUCAACGAGAUGAGGGCCAGAAAAGGGGUGCUGAAAAAAUGUCGCAGGAUGUUCAACAUGAUUUACAUAGUAUAAAGAAACGCCGAUUGAAUACCGAAAGGAAUUUGGUGUCUAUACAACACACCAUGCGGGAUUUAAAGGAUUCAUAUAAUGUUGAUGCUGCUGCUGAUUUGGAACCCAAUGUUGAUGAGCUCCAGCAGGAAAUAUUGAGAGUACGAGAUGAAGUUCAACAAAAAGAGAUGUCACUUGAGGAACUCAGGAUUAGGGUGAAUGAGGCAGAAAGGAAGGCUAAUGAUUGUAAAUUGUCUUUUGACAACAUUUGCGAGUCGGCAAAAGUGGAGAUGGAAGCUGUUGCAGAAGCGGAACAUACAUUAGUUUCAAUUGAAGAUGCUUUACAUUCUGCAGAAAAGGAGAAGGCUCAUUAUGAAGAUGUUAUGCAAAGAAAGGUUAUUUAUGAUAUCAAAGAGCAAGAAGAAUUGUGUAAAGAUUUACAACGUCAGCAUGAGGAAAGCUGCAAGAAGGCAUCAAUUAUUUGUCUUGAAUCAGAGGUGGAAGCUUUAGGCGGCUGUGCUGGGAACACUCCAGAGCAGCUCAGUGCUCAAAUAAAUAGACUAAACAAACGGCUUCAGCAUGAGAGCCAACGGCAUCAUGAGUCAAUCGAUGACCUCAGGAAAAUGUUACAAAAGAAAGAGAUGAAAAUAUUGAAAAAGCAGCAAACUUAUGCAACUUUUCAUGAAAAAUUGGAUGCAUGCCAGAAAGCACUAGAAUUGCGUUGGAAAAAGUUUCAGCGAAAUGCGACUCUCUUGAAACGUCAGCUGACAUGGCAAUUCAAUGGACAUCUAAGGAGAAAGGGUAUUAGUGGACAGAUUAAAGUUGAUUAUGAGAUGAAGACCCUGUCGGUGGAGGUUAAGAUGCCUCAAGAUGCUUCGAGCAUAACUGUACGUGACACAAGGGGGCUUUCAGGAGGAGAGCGCUCUUUCUCUACUCUCUGCUUUGCAUUGGCUCUUCAUGAAAUGACAGAGGCACCUUUCCGUGCCAUGGACGAAUUUGAUGUUUUCAUGGAUGCCAUUAGUCGGAAAAUCAGCUUAGAUACACUUGUAGAAUUUGCUGUUACACAGGGCUCACAGUGGAUCUUCAUAACUCCACAUGAUAUCAGCAUGGUGAAACCAAAUGAAAGAGUGAGGAAGCAGCAAAUGGCAGCUCCCCGUGGCUGAUUCCUCCAUGUAUCCUGGUAGCAAUGCAUAAAUGUUAUGCCCAAUUGCUUCGGCCCUGAUCAGGGUUUGUUUUUUUUUGACAGUAAUAUUGUUUUGAUUCUCUUAUGCAAAUAUCUCUUUUUUUUUUGUUACCUUUGGUACAUGUAUUAGAGAGAGAGGUGGGAGGAGUGGUGUUUCUUCUUUAUUUUUUUUGCUAUGUUGUUUUCGUUUUUUGGUUGGAGGUGGGGUGGUGAAGGAAGAACACAGGUAGCUGUGCUGGGAAUGGAAGAGAAACAGAAGAUUUCUGUUGUCUGUAAUAUCAAUUUGAGAAAAGUUUUAUCGUCUGUUUUAUUUUAACAGUGAUUUACAUUUGAAUUUGGUUGAUGAUUUAUAAUCCAA